GCAUGAAGUAAGUGGGAAGGCACAACUGAGACUUGCUGAUUUGGAAAGGCAGGAGUUGCUUGCUCAUGCUGACGCGUCCUGCGCGGCUGCCACAAUACAGGUCAUAGCCAACGUGGGUAAGGUAGGCACGCACAUCUUUGAUAUGGCCAGCCCAUAUUGCCGUCCACGCUCACGCAUGGCCUCUCGAAUUCUACGCCGGCGUCUCGAUUCCAACCACAUCACUUGUCGUUACUCGAGAGUAUCCAAGGGACCAGGUACGGCUCGCCUGAACAAUGAGACUAUUGUGCUUGGGCAUGCCCAAACUUUUAUCAGCAUUUGUGCUCCUCAGGUUGUGCGGUCUGCAAGAUUGUCUGAUAAGAAUAACACCAAGGUAAAUGACUCGGGCCUAGUAUCUUUUUCGAGAACAGCGUUGCCUUUAGUUGCAUCAUUCCUCUACACCUGGAGAUAUGGCUGGUAACACAUAGGCUAGUGUGUGAGUUCCUCCAGAAUUCUAAAGUGCUGUGGUA